AUGGCUGACCAACUGUCGCAGCUGGAAAGCAGCAUAGAAACCAUCAUCAAUAUCUUCCACCAGUACUCUAUACGGCUGCAGCCCCCGGACACCCUGAACAAGAAAGAAUUCAAAGAGCUGGUGAAAAAAGAGCUGCCAAACUUUCUCAAGAAGGAGACGAAGGAUGACAAAGCCAUAAACGAGAUCAUGGAGGACCUGGACACAGAUGUAGACAAGGAGCUGAACUUCCAGGAGUUCUCCGUGCUGGUGGGCAAGCUGACAGAAGCCUCCCACGAGGAGAUGCACAAGACGGCGCCCCCAGGAGUAGGCCACAGGCACGGGCCAGGCUUCAGGGAGGGUGGUUCAGGCCACGGCCACAGCCAUGGCAAUCAUGGCCACAGCCACUAA